ACUGUCUUUGUUCCUCCACUCAGAAUCUCUCCCCCUCUCACUUUCUACUCCGCAGUGUCUCUCUCCCUCUCUUUCUCUCUACUCUCCUUUACUUCCAUUACAGUAUUACACCGGUCUGGAUGAUUGCAGAGACAGCAACAUGGCUGUGAAUCUCGGCAAGAACAGACUGGCCCUUCUAACAGCCUACCAGGAUGUUAUCAACGAGACCUCGUCCACUGACUGGGCCUUGUUCUCAUAUGAGGGCAACAGCAAUGAUUUGACUCUGGCAUCAUCAGGAGCUGGAGGUCUACCAGAGAUCACAGUGACCUUCGAUAAUGGCCGGGUCAUGUACGGCUUCUGCAGCCUGAAGGAGCCCGCGGCCGCACUGCCGCGCUACGUCCUCAUCAACUGGGUUGGUGAGGAUGUGCCUGAUGCCAGGAAGUGUCAGUGUGCCAGCCAUGUGGCUAACAUUGCAGAGUUUUUCCAGGUCAGUCUCACUGAGGGAGUCAACGUCAUCAUCAACGCCAGCACCAUGGAGGACAUCGAACCAUCUGCCAUUGGACAGAGACUGACAAAUGGGAUGGCUUCGGUAGCCAGCCCCGUCCUCAGCCGGCUGAGAACCAGAGAGGAGGAGAAUGGAGAGGAUGGAGUGGGCACCGUGUACACCAAAACCAACGCAGAGAUUGAGAUGAAGAAGAUCAAUAGAGAGGAAUUCUGGGAACAAGCCAAGCGUGAGGAAGAGUUGAGAAAGGAGGGGGAGAGGAAGAAGGUUGCGGAGGAGAGGCAACGCUUCGAGGAGGAGAGGAUGGAGCUGGAAAGGAAAGAGCAGGAGGAUAGAGAGAAGAGGUACCGCGAGAGGGAGAGGCAGAUCGAGGAACACAGAAAGAAGAUACAGGAGGAAGAGGAGGCCAAAGAGAGGACACGGAACCAACCCCUCGUAACAGCAGAACCUAGCUAUGAGGACCUGGAGAAGGAGAAGGAGUCUGAAGUGGAGGAGGCGAAAGCCCUCAUUGCCCAGCGGGCGGACAACCCCAGGGAGUUCUUUAAGCAGAAGGAGAAGGCUGUGGCUACUGGUUUGGACAUCUCCCCUGUCUCUAGCCACAGGACCGGCCGUUUGGACAGCCCGUUACCAGGCCGUUUGGACAGCCCGUUUUUGAAGCAGCAGCACAGUCCCAGCGAGCCCAGUCCGCCCCCCCUCCGCACCCCACCUCACGCGAGGCUGCAGCCCACUGCACCCGAUGGCGAUGAUGAAGGGAGCUUAGAUCACAGUGUGGGAACGUCCUCAACGCCAAUCCCCAAAAUAGUCACCACACCCAUCCAGGAGGCGGAGGAUGACAGCCGGAACGAGUGGGGUGAGCCCAAGCAACAGCCAGGCCCGGUCCAGGACACCACCCCCACCAAGCCCAUUCAGAGUGUGGCACCCCAGACACGCACAGACUCCAAACCCCCAUCCUCAACCCCGGAUGACUAUGACCCCUUCUCAGGCUUCAGGCCUCUGCCUGCCCCCACCACCGCAGACCCCCUGGUGGAGCUAUGGGACAGCAGCCCUGCCACCGGCAUCGCCCCCUCUCAGGCCCCAGGCCCUGGAGGGCAAGCCCAGCCCCUGCUGAGCUUUGACGAGAUGGGGGAUGUACCAUUCUGCCCGGGGGGUCCCGAGGGGGUCGAGGAAGAGCCCUCCAGCCUAGUGGAUGUGGCCGGGACCCACGAUAUGACCCUGAGCUACCAGCAAGCACUGCAGCACGCUUCAGAUGAUACUCAGCUGAUGACCAACGGGGAGACCCUGCUCAAAGAAGGGACUCAGGCGAACAAGGGUUACUUCAGCCAAUCGCAGGAGGAGGAGAAAUGCUCUGCUAAAAUGACCCCAACGUCAGUGUUUUAUAACAAGCCACCAGAGAUCGACAUCACAUGCUGGGACACAGACCCUGUAAUGGAAGACAGCGACUAGACCAUGGCGAAGUAGUCCGGCCCGGCGGUGGGAAGCAGAAACAACGCAUCAUCAACAACCAAACAGACUUUUUUAAAAGUAGUAAUAACAACAAGUCUUGCAUAAAAAAAAAAGUAAAAUGUUCUAGUAGGGGGAAAAAAACUGAUGUUAGCCACAGAAAAGGGUUUUGAGUUAUUGUUAAAGAUGCUAAUGGUUUAAUAAUGAGCUCUUGGUUUUGUGUUUUUUUUUUUUUUGCUAUAUGCGGAGUAAAUAGUGGGGAGUGGGGAAUACUUUUUUCAGAAUGUAUGUGUCUUCUACAGCAAACUAAACACCCUGUAUCAGACAGGUAGCCUAUUAGAAUGUAUAGCAACCCUCCCCCUAAAAUGUGGUGCCUGGUGGGAAGAAGGGAGAGUGGGAUCAGAGAGGAGUGGUGCCUGAUGGGAAGGAGGGAGAGUGGGAUCAGAGAGGAGUGGUGCCUAGUGUAAUCCUGUAGUCUUUGAUGUUUCAGUUUGUCCAUGGGGCAAUGGG